AUGGAUUACAGUGUCCAGUUCCGCAGGGAGGACUCCGGUGUGCUCACCCUUAAACCCUCUCCUGAAGCAGCGGCUCUUGCUACUGCCUACAGGAAAAAUCCGUCCCCGGGACGCUCGUGGCCUGCUUCGAGGGUGAAGGAGGAGGCCAUCGCUCGUGUGGCGGCAGGGGGAGGUGACACAUCAAGUCACCAUCUUGUGCUGAGUGAAAGCGCCCUGCAGUUUGGCCAGUACCGGAGUAAAACCUUUAAAUGGUUGCUUUCCAAUGAUGUUGGUUACGCAGCCAUGGUUCUGGCCGUGCAUCAGCGGGAGCGUGAGGGCGGCGACACCACCCAGUCUGCUGUCAUGGGAAACAAGGACGCAUUGCUGUGGUAUGCAAGCUUGUUUCCUGACAUGGUGGCUGCAAUCAGCGAGCGCCGGGUCAGAGAGGGCACUGGCACACCAGCCCAAGAAGAUCAGGUGGUUGUUGGGUUUGGCAAAUAUGCCACUUUGUCCUUUAAAGACAUAUAUGAGGCGACAGACCGCGACAGAAAAGGUUUCAUCAAGUGGGUGAGGAAGCAGACAGCCAGACCGGGAACAAAGAUGGAAACUCUGCAGAAGUACAUUCAGAGAAGAGACCCUGAGAUGCUGUCAGAAUCAGCACCUCCAGGCAUGAAUCUAACUUAA